AUGGCAACAUGUGAUAUUUGGAUCCGUAAUGUUAUUUCUAUUUAUGGUUUAUUAUUAAUAAUUAUGUUGAUUAUUUAUUAUUUUGUUAAUUCAAAGUGGUGUAAAUUAACUAGUUAUAUUUAUCGGUUACAUUUGUUGGGAUUUGAAGCGGAGUGUGCUGAAGUUGCGGUGCCGUAUAAGAGGCGUUUAUUUGAGCCAUUGGAUAAUUUAGAGUCUUAUGAUAAAUUUUUACGGUUUAAUAAUUGUAUAAGAGUACUUGAAAUAGGAGUUAAAACUGGUCAAAAUAUUCAAUUUUAUCCAAAUGGUACCCAUUUAAUAGGCGUCGACUGGAAUUACAAACUAAAAGAAUAUUUAACAGAAAGCGACCACGCCUGGCAGUUUUCUCACAUUGAAAUAGAAAAAUUAAUAAUUGGCGACGGUAGUUGUCUAAAAGAUAUUCCUAAUAAUUACAUAGAUGCUGUUGUUACAACUAGAUCUCUCUGUUCUGUAUCAUCAGUACCCGAAGUUCUCAAGGAAAUUCGUCGAGUUCUUGCACCGGGUGGUGUCUAUUUAUUUUUAGAACACAUACCAGAUACCAAAGAUGCAUUAACUCGUUGGCUGCAAAGCUUUUUAACAAAAACAAAAAUUUGGCCGUCACUUUUUGGAGACUGCCGAUUGGAUUCAAAUCCACUUAAAUUUAUUCAAUCCGCUAAUUUCAAGUCCGUGGAAUGGGAAAAAAUAAAAUUACGUGGUUACGUGUCUCAGCCUUAUCGAUUAAAUUUAACCUGCUAUCAUAUUAUGGGCACAGCUAGAAAAUAA